UUUAUUUCAAAUUUAAUACUUUACAGAUAGUCUAAUUUAUUUCCUUAUCAGCUUCCCUGUUUUGUACCCUGCUUGGCAAAGCCUUCCUACUUUCAAAAUUAUUUUGUGAAAUUACUUGAUAAUUUCUCCUGGUCUUCUUCCAGAUUCUCUGUUACAUUGAAGACUCUUGCAUAUCUGGAGAUUGUUUUAGGAUAGCAAUCAGCUCUGAUAUGUUUCCUAACCCUGGUUCGGUGAUCAUGAUUCAGAUUCUUGGGCGUUCCAGAGAUCUAGAUUUCCCUGUCACAUUCAAUAAGUGACUGGAUGUGGCUUAAUGACACAUUGCUGGUUGUGGCCCAGGACCCCUAAGUCCUCUUCUGCUCACUGAAUUUCUGGUCCAGACUCAAGGAGGAAAAUGGGCAGUUCACUCUCACUGGGGCAUGUGGGUUCCAUGUGACCUGGAUGCUCAUGUGACUCAGUCACAGGCUAUAGAUGCUACCUGGCUCACGUUCACUCUUCCCCUACAUCCCAUCUGUGCUCUGCCAGCUCUUCUCAAGAAAUUUGCAUCAUGCCACUGCAGAAGGCACUUGAGGACUGCUUCACUGAGCCAUGGCCUGUGCGGCUGCCUCCAUGCUCCUCCUGGCCAUGACUCUCCCCCAGGUGGGGUCAUCAAUUGCCCUUGCAUCCCAACCUGGACAGAGUCAGGCUGGACGGGAAUCUGGGAAGCGACUAGACCAAGAGAGUGGAGCAGGUGACGCAGUCCUGGUCUCGGUCCAUGUAGAGAUGGACUUUUCAAAUGAGGCCUGGCUACUGGCACUCUCCAGAACCCCGACUCUCCGCACCGCCUUGGCCUCUUCUCCCCCAAGAACUCUGACUAGCCUCAGCCUCACUACAGAGUGUAACGUCCACCACGGCAGGGGGACCUCUUGUGCCUGCCUCUCUGGGUACCGGUGGAACACUAGUGUCUGCUCCCGUCACCGUCCCUGCCCAUCCUCCCACAACCACCAGCCCUGCAGCUGUCUUGUCUUCAGCCAUCCUGAAGCCGGGUACUGCCAGCUGCUGCCACCUGGGCCCCCUGUCUCCUGCCACCCUGCAGUCCCCGGAACCCUGCUCCUGAACUCCUGGCUACAGAUGCCUGGCAACACGCUGAACCUGACCUUCCUCACCAGCCAUGAGACCACCGACCUGAACUGGCUCCUGUGGCGCACAGGGAACCCCAGCCCCGUCCUCCUGCAGCCAGGGUCCCGGGUGUCCCUGACCUCUCGUCCAGGCCAGGUGGUCCUCAGCAUCUUCAACAUCUCCCAUGAGUGGGCAGGCGAGUACCAGUGCUGCUUUGAGGCCCAGGGAUUCAGGUGGGAGCUGUACCACGUGGUGAGAGUGCCCCUGCAGGCGACAGACGUGGCUCGGCUUCCAGACCAGCUGUCCAUCUCCUGUGCCGCGUCCCCUGGCUUCCAGCUGAGCUGCUGUGUUCCCAGCACACACCCGACCUACAUGCUGUCCUGGAGCCCCGGAGAAGGCAGCAAAGCUUCCUUACUCAACACGUCAGGCCACCAGUGUCUUGUGCUGGACAUUCUGCACUGCCCGGAAGCUGACACCAUGUACACUUGUGACCUGCAGAGCCCAGGACUAACCCCUCUCAGGGUCCCUGUCUCUGUCACCAUCAUCCAGGAUGGAGACACCACCUGCCCCGAGGACUCCUCAGCUAUUGCCUGGAAUGUUACCAAGGCUGGCCAUGUGGCACAGGCCCCGUGUCCCGUGAACAGGACGGGCAUGGUGAAGAGGACCUGUGGGCCCAGAGGGACCUGGGGACCCACCCAAAGCAGCUGCACAGACACGGGGCUCCUGGCCUUGCUUCGUAGAACCCGGCUGCUGCAGGCAGGCCAGGGCUGGCCUGCUGAUGAGGUGCCACAGAUCCUGGCAGAGCUGCGGGAGCAGGUGGUGGCGGUGGACUCGCCCUCAGACUUAUUGGUGCUGCUGGGCACCAUGACACUUGUGGCCAAGGUGGUGGUGAAUGCCAGAGUACAGCUUAACUACAGAGCCAUGGAGGCUCUCCUGAGAACCACAGACAAGGUCCUAGACAUGGACAGCAGUUCUCUGUGGACCCCAGUCCAGGCCCAGAGGCCCUCGGUGGGCUCAGAUCUUCUGCUGGCUCUGGAGACCCUGGCACGCAGCCUGUGCCCACAGGAUCACCCCUUCUCCUUCAGCCUGUCCAACGUGCAGCUGCAGACUCAGCUCCUGGGACCCACAUUUCCUGCUGACUACAGAGUCUCCUUCUCCACUCAGCCCCCUCUGGAGGUAGAGAUUCCCGGGCGCUCACUGGCCCCACUGGGCCGUGUCGGAAACAACAUCAGUAUUACUAGCAUGAUGCUGCAAAAAUUAGACCGCCUUCUACCCUCAAACUAUGGACAAGGGCUAGGGGACUCCUUCUAUGCCACUCCUGGACUGCUCUUCGCCAUCUCCAUCAUGGCAGGUGGCCAGGCCUUCAAUCAGGGAGAAGUCAUCAUGGACUUUGGAGACACAGAUGGCACCCCCCACUGUGUCUUCUGGGACCAUGAUCUCUUCCGGGGCAAGGGGGGCUGGUCAGAUGAAGGCUGCCAGGUGCAGGCAGCCCGUACCAGCCCCACCACUCAGUGCAUCUGUCGGCACCUCACUGCCUUCUCCAUCCUCAUGUCCCAGUACACUGUUCCAGAAAACCCCACGCUGGAGCUGCUGACCCAGGUGGGCUUGGGAGCCUCCAUUUUGGCACUGCUUGUGUGCCUGGGUGUGUACAGACUGGUAUGGAGAGUUGUAGUCCGGAACAACGUUGCCUACCUACGUCACGUGGCCCUGCUCAACAUGGUGCUCUGCCUGCUGGCUGCAGACACCUGCUUCCUGGGAACCCCACUGCUGCCUCCAGGGCCCCAAAGCCCACUCUGCCUGGCUGCUGCCUUCCUCUGCCAUUUCCUCUACCUGGCCACUUUUUUCUGGAUGCUGGCUCAGGCCCUGAUGUUGGCCCACCAGCUGCUCUUUGUCUUCCAUCAGCUGUCCAAGCACAGGGUGCUCUCCCUGAUGGUGGUCCUUGGCUACCUGUGCCCCAUGGGGUUUGCAGGUGUUGCCUUGGGCCUUUACCUACCCCGAGGGCAAUACCUGGGGGAGGGGGUAUGCUGGCUGGAUGGCAGGGGAGGAGCACUCUACACCUUCGUGGGGCCAGUGCUGGCUAUUGUGGGUGUCAACGGGAUGGUACUAACUAUGGCUGUGCUGAAGUUGCUGAGACCAUCGCUGUCAGAAGGGCCCCAGGUGGAAAAGCGCCAUGCUCUUCUGGGGGUGAUCAAAGCCCUGCUCGUACUCACACCCAUCUUCGGCCUCACCUGGGGGCUGGGUCUGGCUACUUUGUUAGAAGAAGUCUCCAUGGUCCCUCACUACAUCUUCACGAUUCUCAACACCUCCCAGGGCGUCUUCAUCUUGUUCUUCGGCUGCCUCAUGGACAAGAAGGUACAGGAGGCUUUACUCAAACGCUUGUGCCACACCCAACCUCCCAACUCCACCAUCUCCCUGGCCACAAAUGACACCUGUAUCCCAGAACACAGCAAAGAAAGAAGUGAAAAUGCCAGGUGAGAAUUAAGCUUUCUUGGGAGCAGUGGGAGCAGCACGGGGUGAGGAAUGCAGCGAAGGUUUUCCUGGCAAAGAUCUUGGCUGAGGUUCAUCUUCAUAUACCUAUCCCAGCCCAAAGAGUGGGAAACAGACUAUCAGGACAGACAUUUCCAGGUGGGCUGGUGAAGGUGGAGGCCUCAGAGAGCAAAUGGUAUAGCAUCUUCUAUUGCUUUCCCAGGAACCUGGAGGAAUUUCUCCUCCACCAACCCUUGACUCAGUUCACUAAAAAUUCCUUUUCAUAUCAUCAAAUUUAAUUACCCUGUAAAGCCCUUGUUUUGAAGGAACUGCAGUUGCUGGGCUUGGUGUCUGGAGGGGAGGGCAGCUGAGGAGGCGGGGCAGGGUCUCCUUUCACCAGCCCAGACCUUCAGGGUGAGCACUUCCCCGGGAGGCAGAAGCUCCAGACAAACCACAUGCUGAGCCUGUUCCUCCAAGGGAGAGGAGGGAGUGUUUGAAUCCACCAGAGUGGCCCUGGCCCCAUGCUCCGAGCCCUUCCCGGCUCCCAAAGCUCAGGCUGCAGGAAAGACAGGCUGUGUUUCCAUUAGUCAUAAUCCCUUCUUUUGGAACUCCCGGGUCCCCACCCCUAAAUUACCCAAACAAGAACAGCAUAAAAACCUACCUAAAGCUGCCUAAGGA